GCCGCAAAGCGAAAACAUUGGACAGCAGUGAGGAGCAGCCCCCUUUCCUGUCCACCCCAAAAAAGCUCCCCUCUUGAUGCAGUGUUUUUGAUGUCCAUAUCACCAGAACUUUGAAAUCAACCUUAUCCACAUAAAUGAAGCCUCAUGCAGCCUUACUUUCAGCCACAGUUAUGUUCCUGCAGAGCAUGCGCUUAAUCGCUCAAUCUGAAACCUAGGAGAAAAGAACCCGCAAAGUCUUUUGCAAUGGACAACCUCAUAGAUUUUGAGAUGCCCUCUGAGGCUACAACUCUUAAUGUGGCAAGAGAAACCCCCCCUGGCUAUUCAGACUUUUUGUCCCCAGGGCACCCGUCCUCCAGAUUUCCUCAGAAACCCUUAUUACCUGAGACCAUAGCACCCACAAAGUCAAGCUCACAUCACCAUCAUGAAGAUGAAGAGGAAAACCAAAGCAAUGCAACAGAGUCUGCAGACAGUGAGCACGACAUGGACCCACCCUCAACUAUGUGGGAGCUGAGACGGUCUUCAUCCUCAUCUGUUCAGAGUAGUGAGGAGACUGAUGCUGAGGUCUUAGAGAGAAGGGAGUUCAUGAAGACAUAUGUGGAGAAAGUGUUUCAUGGAAGGCAGGACUUGGACCAAGAAGAGAGAGCUCGUUUCGGAGAGCUAUGCACUGGCGAGAAUGGCAAAGGCAGGGAAUGGUUUGGUAAAUACGUUAGUGCACAGCGCUGCCACUCCAAAUGUGUGAGUGAAGCUACCUUCUACCGACUGGUGCAGUCAUUUGCGGUCGUGCUGUUUGAAUGUUACCAAAUGGAUGACUACAACCCAGCCAAAAACCUCAUGACUAUGUGCUUUACGUACUACUAUAGUGGAAAGUCCCAGCCGUCUCCUUCUGAGCUGCUUGAUCGAGGUGGUCCUCCAGCUAGUAUGGACUCAUACUUAAACAAGGCCAACUCCUGGCUCUCUGGUAAGAAGGAUGCUGCUGAGCGCCUCCUUAAAAACUCAUCGAAGACUGAUGUCAAAGGAUUUUUUGGAGGCCUAGAAAGCAAACUUAGAAGCUCAAUAACUCAGAAGACAGAGGAUGGUGAAAAUUCAGUUGAGACCAAACCCAACUCACCAGUGUCCGAGGCACCAGAGGAAAAAAAGGGAGAAAAAGUUUACCUGUACACCCACCUGAAGCAGCAACCCAUCUGGCACGCAUUGCGAUUUUGGAACGCCGCAUUCUUUGAUGCAGUUCAUUGUGAGAGGAAAAAGAGGUCACCAACAACAAGGGGAACGCAAGAUGGAGAGAAAGAUAAGAGGGAAAAGUGGUGUCACAUGACCCAGGAGGAAAGGGACGACACCUCCAAAAUGGAUGAGAAUAUUGCCUUUGGCCAGCUGGGGACAUUUACUCACAACAUGCUGGCAUUUGGGCUCAGUAAAAGAUUGUGCAAUGAUUUUUUGAAAAAGCAGGCUGUCAUUGGAAACCUGAAUAAAGAACAGUACAAGUUGUUAAGCGACCAUAUUGAGAAAAUGGCAACAGAGUGAGUGUCAGGACAACAUGCUGAGUUUCAAAGUCUGCGGUCGUCGCAUGAGCCAUGCCUAAUCAAUGUCAACUGGAAUUUUAAAACACAUUACUGUAGUGAACUACUGUAUAUCAUAGUUGUAGCAAAGCCUGUCCGUCCAGUUUGGUUGUGCUCUCCUAAGCACACCCUGCAUCAGCAAUAAUCAGCUGGUUCAGCUUCAAUGUAUAGUGUAACAAGUCUGUGUGUACCAGGAACCUGAAAAUCCUAUCUGCUUCUGUGUUGUAACUAUACAGCUCAGUAUAGGUUUAGUAUACAGUGCAAUGACCUCGAAUAACUGUUUUCAUCUGAUACUACCAAUGAUUGAGUAUAUUUUUCCCAUUACGAGCUCUCCAUAACAUUUACAAGUUCAGGGAUUGCUUUGACAAAAAUAAUGCAUCUAACUGUCUGAGUAGCAUUUAAAGUAGAGAAAAGUUUGGUCUGAAAACUGUCCCUCCGUUCAUACAAAUAGGGACAUUUAUGAUUGAAGUGUGCCAAUUUUAAAAAUUAAUGACAUUAAAAUGGAUCUAUGGCCACUGUAAAGAUAGCAUAAAGACUGUUCAGUUCAAUCAUCUAGUUGUUACAAAUUGUCUGACUGCAUUAGUUACAAAGUGAGAUCUGACCGUUACAACAGUUGGGCUUAAGUUACUAGUCUAGUAAAACUGCACUGUGUCAUUGUCGAUCAUCAUCAUGUUUAAGGAGUAAUAGUAUGAGAGGUCUUUUUUAAAAGAAAAUGUCAUAAUCUUUUCAGAACAAAGUUAUAAUUUUAUGAGAAUAAAGUGGUAAUAUUACAGAACAUAAAGGUGUGCCUGCAUUAGCAUGGGGAUCGCCAAGAAUGCUUUCAGUUUACACUUCAGAAUACAUUUAACAAACAAUCAAAUAGUUAUUGUUUUGUGGCAUUAACAGCAUUGUUAGUCAGAGCAGUGUAAAUGUGAUAGUUUUUUAUUGUCUCUUUGUGUGCAACAAUGUCACCUCUUUUAUUUUUUUAGGGUGGGGUUAGUCAUCAUCAUUGGUAAUUGUUCUAAACAAAUAUUUAAUAGUGUUACCCAAUGAACAUCUCGAGAGAGAAAGAUUUGGCCUGCUGGUCUCUCAACACAACCGCGUGUGAAACAAAGCUCGACCAUAAAAUAAUAAUAAUAAAUAAAAUACAAUUUUAAGAAUACAACUUCUUGUAAGAUUUCACUUUAUUCUCGAAACUUUGACUUUUUCUUUUUUCUUUUCAGUGUAUGCCUAAUACUCCUUUGUAAAUCCAUAAAAUAUAAUGUAGUGCAAGGCUAUCUAAAAUUUCUCUUUAGCUCCUGUCUUUGUGCUAAAUUAUAACAAGUCAAACAAAAGUGUGAUGAAAAAUGAUCUUGUGUAACUCCACAAUAAAUCCAUCACCAAAAAAGGAUCCCUUUAAAGAUUGUCCUUCAAUAUCUCUAUCUAAUUAAAUAUUUCUUUGUAUUUUUUUUAUUCAUGCCUUUAAUUGGACAAACAAGUCUUGAUAAAUUGCGAUUGGCUGGUGACCAGUUCAGGGUGUAGCAAAGCCGUCUCUCGCCCGGAGAAAACUGGGAUAGGCUCCAGCACGCCCGCGACCCUAGUGAGGAGAAGCGGAACGGAAGAUGAAUGAAUGAAUGAAGUCUUGAUAAGUGUUGAUUUAAGAAGAGCGACUGACUAACAUUUGACAUUUGUGCCAUCCUCGAGUAGUGCACUACUACUGUAGCAAUAGUCUUCACUGGAAGCACAAUAUGUGCUUUUGAAUGCUUGUUAAUAUUCGAGAGUAGUAAAUAAUUUGUCUGAUGUAAUUCAGAUGAAGUCAUUGUGCAAAAUAUAGUGGUCAUUUUGUCAGGCUUUAUCAUGUCCUACGUUCUGUGAAUUAUUCAGCUAUAUUUGUACAUGUGGUUAUGCUCCAUUAGGAAUAUUAAUGUGUAUGAUGCGGAUGUCAAACUGCAAACAACCCACCAUUGUUGUCCAUGCUCAUUUCAAAUGCUGUUUUUUGUUUGAUGAAUGCAUGUCUUUACAAUUUGUUGUACAUCCCAUACAGAAUACCCUUCAGCUUCUUUGCCCGAUUGCACUGUUUUAUAUGAUUUUCAAUCAUGUCACUUUCGUGCACAAAUGUUGGCCACUUAAAAACUAUAAUAAUAAUUUUGAAAACCUGUUAUUUUUUGUUCAUCUUUUUAUUCUGGUGGGAGAUUGACUUCUUUAUAUAUGUGGCAGCUUUAGGAUGUUUUUUUUUUUUUUUUUUGAAACCUAUUUUUCCGUUCAUUGCAAUGCCUGUGUUGAUAUAGUGUUUGAAGUAUUUAUAUACUGUAGUCUACCUGUACAGUACAUCCAGUAAUACCCUGCCUUUACAUUUGAUACCAGUUUCAGGAAUCCAACCAGUUCCCCUUGAAUCAUAAUGCCUUGUUCUGUUCAUAUCAGUGCACCGACAGUAUGUUUCAAACUGGUGUGCUGUGAAUAAAGUAAGCAUCUUUAUAGCUGUUUAGAAUGCGGCGCUGCCACUCAUAGCACUCCCAUACUAUUAUGAGUUCAGAGAAAAAACAUUAAUGAAUAUACAAUUCAUGAAUUUGGCACUCACGGCGGAGAACAUAAAGUGAAUAUUUCAACUGACUGCAGCUCCUGAUUAUCAGACAUUUGUUCAGGUAUACAUAUUGUUUUGUUGAAUGUUUUCGUAUGCAUGGACAUGUCUGUGUUGAAUCACGAUGCUGUAAUAAAUGUAUUUUUAUGGUGA